AUGGCGCCCAAGCAGCAGAAGGGCCAGGCGCAGCGCGAGCGCGCCGGCGCUGGCGCGCUCGCCCUGGCGGGCUCGCUGUGGUGCGCGGCCCGCGCCUUCGUGCCGACGUCGCCCGGGGCCGCCCUCCAGGCCGCCCGCACGACCGGCGCCUCCAUGCUCGGCCAGCGGCCCGGCGCCAGCGAGGGGCUGGCGAGGGGCUCGCCCAUCCCCGCGGGGCAGGUGGGCGUGGCGGCGGUGGCGGCGUGCGCCAUCGCCAUCGCGGCCUGGCCCCAGGCAUCCAGGCGCGGCGGCGAGGGCAAGAGCCGCGUGGUGCUCGCCGCGCGGGGCGGCGGCGUGGAGGCCCCGCUGGUGGUCAUCGCCGGCCCGCCGGCCGCGGGCAAGGGCACCCAGUGCGAGAAGAUCAAAGCGAAGUACGGUUACGUGCACAUCUCCACUGGCGACAUCCUGCGGGAGAACGUGAAGAACGGCACCGAGCUCGGCAAGAAGGCCGAGGGCUUCAUGAAGGCCGGGGCUCUCGUCCCGAGCGAGCUGAUCGUGGACCUCGACCGCUUGGAGAAGGACGACGUGAAGGAGAAGGGCUGCCUCCUCGACGGGUUCCCGCGCGCUCCCGACCAGGCGCAGGCCAUGGUGGACGCUGGCCUGAAGGUCAAGAAGUUCCUUCUGAUUGACGUCCCCGACGAGGAGUUGGUGGUGCGCGGCUGCGGCAGGCGCUUGGACCCAGAGACGGGCGAGAUCUACCACCUCAAGUUCAAGCCGCCCCCGGCCGAGAUCAUGGACCGCCUCGUCCACCGCAGCGACGACCAGGAUCACCAUGAAGAACGGAAGCCAUUCGCAACAGGCUGA